CCUCACAACAACAGCUGGUAGCACAGAGGAAGAGAGUGAGAGCUAAGCAGAGAGCAGGAACAGCACUCAUCUGCUGCCUGGCGUUUUACAGUGAAGACACUUAGGAAAACACAGCGGCUAUUUUCCUCCGACUUUUACACAGCUCAAGGCGCAUGCUCAGACAGACAAAGUGACGGUGCAGUUGUUUUAUUCAGGAACUCGGAGACACUGAACGGUUUUAAAGAUGACCACUUCAUGGAGCGACAGACUGCAGAACUUUGCAGACUUGCCUGCAAACAUGGACCGCGUGACAAUGAAAAAAUACAGAAGAGAGUCCUACCACAGAGUGUUUGUCAACAGAAGCUUGGCAAUGGAGAAGAUUAAAUGCUUUGGCUUUGACAUGGAUUACACUUUAGCAGUGUACAAGUCACCAGAGUAUGAGUCCCUGGGUUUCGAGCUGACGGUGGAGCGGCUGGUCUCAAUCGGUUACCCCCAGGAGCUGCUCAGCUUCGUCUACGACCCGACCUUCCCCACCAGGGGUCUUGUGUAUGAUACCAUGUAUGGAAACCUGUUGAAGGUUGAUGCCUACGGUAACAUCCUGGUCUGUUGCCAUGGAUUCAACUUCCUCCGAGGCCCCGAGAUCCGCGAACGGUACCCAAACAAGUUCAUCCAGAGGGAUGACACAGAGCGCUUUUAUAUCCUUAACACACUCUUCAACCUGCCAGAGACCUACCUCUUUGCUUGUCUUGGGGAUUUUUUCUCCAACUGUGAUAGAUACACAAGCUGUGAAAGUGGCUUCAAAAAUGGCGACCUCUUCAUGUCCUACCAGAGCAUGUUCCAGGACGUCCGCGACGCCGUCGACUGGGUCCACUUCAAGGGUACUCUGAAGCAGAAGACGGUGGAGAACUUGGAGAAAUAUGUUGUGAGAGAUGGGAAGCUGUCUCUUCUCCUCAGCAGAAUGAAUGAAGUAGCCAAGGUUUUCUUGGCUACCAACAGCGACUACAAAUACACAGAGAAAAUCAUGACCUACCUGUUUGACUUCCCCCACGGCCCCAAGCCUGGAACCUCCCACCGGCCCUGGCAGUCCUACUUCGAUCUGAUCCUGGUGGACGCCAGGAAGCCUCUGUUCUUCGGAGAGGGGACGGUGCUCAGACAGGUGGACACGAUAACAGGGCGUUUAAAGAUUGGAACCUACACUGGACCUCUGCAGCACGGCAUCGUCUACUCUGGAGGUUCCUCGGACAUUGUGUGCGACCUGCUGGGGGCCAAGGGGAAGGACAUCGUGUACAUCGGAGACCACAUCUUCGGAGACAUCCUCAAGUCCAAGAAGCGCCAAGGCUGGAGGACGUUCUUGGUGAUCCCCGAGCUCGCCCAGGAGCUGCACGUGUGGACCGACAAGAGCUCGGGGGGUCUCUCCCCCUCAUCUUGCUGUGUGUGCAGUCAGUGGGUGUGGGGCAGGCAGAAGGACAACGCUUGCUGCAGGAGUGGGACGUUAUUCGAGGAACUGCAGGGCCUGGACAUUUUCUUGGCAGAACUCUAUAAACAUCUGGACAGCAGCAGUAAUGAGAGGCCGGACAUCAGCACUAUUCAGAGAAGAGUCAAGAAAGUGACCCACGACAUGGACAUGUGUUACGGCAUGAUGGGCAGUCUGUUCCGCAGCGGCUCCAGACAGACACUGUUUGCCUCCCAGGUGAUGCGUUACGCCGACCUGUACGCCGCCUCCUUCAUCAACCUGCUGUACUACCCCUUCAGCUACCUCUUCAGAGCCGCUCACGUGCUGAUGCCUCACGAGUCGACGGUGGAACACGCCCACGUGGACAUCGACAUGGAGUCGCCGCUGGCAACGCGCAACCGCACCCACUGCAGCGACUGCAAGGACCUGGAGUGCAAACGCAGCCAGCUGACCCGCUCCUUCAGCGAGAUCAAACCCCCCAACCUGUUCCCCCAGACUCCUCAGGAGAUCACUCAUUGCCACGACGAGGAUGAUGAUGAGGAGGAGGAAGAAGAAGAAGAGGAGGAGGAGGAGGAGGAGGAGGAGGAGGAGGAGGAGGAGGAGGAGGAGGAGGAAUAGGCUGGACAUGGAGAUGAAAGGCACUUCCUGCUCCUUCCUUUUCAUGUUCCCAGUAGAGUUGGGUAGUUGUCUCUCAAAGUGAGGCAUCUCCAGUGUGUGUGUGUGUGUGUAUAUAUCAAUACUGUAUGCACACACACACACAAACACACACACACACACACACUGGAGAUUCCUGAGGAAAGUAAAAACGGACCAGUAGCAAACAGAUCAUAUGACUGUCAGAAGACUGUAUGCAUGCUCGGUCCUCAAAAAGCUCACUUUUCCUAGCUUCCUUCCUAUAUAAAAAAGAAACACUUUAUGAUUUUUUUUAAUGAACUUAAUUAUAUUUCUGUUUUAUUUUCCCCGUCAGACUUAAAGAACAUCCCAUACUGUUUUUAUAAUCUGACUUUAAAGGCCUGCUGGUGAAUGAAGUAGAUUGCGUAGAUUCCUAACAUAUUGUUCGAUAACAGAAAAAAAACACUGCUCGGCUUCAGUGUAAAAACAAAAGAUGCACACUGUAUUAAAACACUUUCUUUUUCUUUUUAUGCAACAUGGGAACAAUGUUCAGUGUGCCACCUGUUUAGUUUCUUUUUGUCUCUUUCACUAGUACUUUGUUUUGAACCUUGUGUGUGUGUUUCUGUGUUUGUGUCUCACUCAGAGCGCAGCAUCCUGAGUGACGGUAAGCUAAGAAUGCCUCGUACUAAACUGAAGCACAAGCUGGCGUUAAACAGAUGCUUUUAUUUUUGGUUGAGAGAAAACACGAUAUUUUGUUACCAAGCAACAAUAAGGACGGAGUUCUGUACAUGUGUAUUAUGCCUGCCGCAGUGUUGCUGGAAAUAGCAAGCGAGCGGUUUAAUGCCACCAGCUGUUAACAUGCAGUAUUUCUUCUGCACAGUUAAUUUGAAGAUUGCCUUUUGAAAGGGUAGAUGUUGCAGUCCAAGCUGAUUUAGAGAUGUGAUCUGUCCAGUGUGUAGUGUGAAAGUGGCCUUAGUAUGCAAGGAAAUAAGGUGUUUUCAGGAUGUAUAGUAUACAGAUAACUUUAGAUAGACUGUGACUGUCUUUCUCUUUGGUUUUGGGGCUUUGUUGGGUAACAUCUGCUGUGUAUCUAACAGUUUUGUAUAGUAUUCUCCUGUGCAGCCUCUAAACACUGUGAAGUGACUAUAUGCUAAUUCUAGCUCUGUUAGCAGUUGAAAACUAGAUGAUGAUCUCUGAGUUUAAGCGCUUGACUUCACAUUUGCAUGGCUAAAACGGCAACUCGAUAGUUAUCAAGAUAUAUAAAUCGUUCGGUUUCUUUAUGAAGAGUUAAACUCUGAAAAAGCUCAUCAGGUCGUUGUGGUAAGACUUUAUUGACAGUACAUUCUUUUCCAUCCAUCCAUUUUUUUACUUGGCAAAAAAGGAUUGGAAACGCCAGGAGUUUGAAGACAUGACAAGACAUUUUUGUAUGCCUGUGUGAGGUGGAUAGCACCAGCAAAGUGGGACAAGUGCAAUGGAAGCAGUCUUUUUUUAAUGAGUUUUUAAAUAUAAUAACUUGUUGCAUGCUCCUCUUCUGCAAUGACACCACCAACGGUUUGAUUCAACUCCUAAUAUAUGCAGAACAGCCGUGUAUGUAAACUAGCAUGUUCAGAAAUGUGCAUUAGCCAACUUACUGUCAUUAGAUUUUGAUUUAUAUGUUCCUAAAUUCUGAUUGGCUAACAGAAGUGACAUCACCUGUUUUAAACAGAGCCCCGCCCACUUCAAAUACUGGGAAGAGCACAGAGACCAGCAGAAACUCCGAUAUCUGUUGUGUGAAACAACACAAGCUGUUUUCGUCAGUCAAAAGAGAGUUCAUGUAAAGACCCCAACACCAAUGACAAUAUCUUUUUUGAUCCUUUAUUGUUCAUUUGUGUUCUUUAAAAACGUCCAAAUGCAUCAGUGUUGCAGAACACCAAGAGAACUGCCUGAUUCUUUUAAAACACAUUUAUUUUAUUUUAACCAUUGUAUCCUGUAUGUUAACGUUCCUCACCUUUUUAUAUUUAGUCUCUACAUGCUGUAUUGAUACUGUAAGUGUUGGAGCGGCUUGUUGAUUGAGGCAACACAAGGGAAGAAACAUGCCGUCUACUUUUUGCAUAAUUUCUUUGGUUUGGCUUGAUCUGCUGUGGAGACAGGUGCAUUUGUUUAACUGCUACUCAAUGGAAGAAAAGCUUGUAGGACAUUCUCUUUUAUUCUUUUAUAUUUCCUCCUUUUUCUUUACAAAUGAAUAAUUUGUAUCUUCAUUUUGAUUUGUUAACAUAGAAUAACUGGAUAUGCUACACCAGGCAGCUGCACUGCUAAUAGGAAGUAGUCUUUUCUUUGCAUAUUUUGCAUAUGCAUGUGAAAGUAACAAACAUAUCUGCUCUGCUGAGGCGGUGGUUAUGGUAGCGUCUUGUUGGAAUUCUAUGUGGACCGUUAUAGGAAAGCUAUUUUUUUCAUUUGUCAUUGUAGUUUACACGGAGAGAAAAAACGACAAACCUGUAAAUUAAAAGAAGAAAAACGUACAUGAGGGGACUGUAACAGAUGUGACUUGUUAUCAAUACCAUGGGGUUCUUUUUAUUUUUAUAAGCUAGUGUUUUUAAAUGGCCCUGGUUUACAGAACUGUAAAUAGACCUUUCCAUUUUCUUUUUCUUACCUUUUUACCUGACUUAAUCCUGGCAAAUAUGCCCUAAUGCAUCAACAUUAACAGGUGCCACUCACCUUUCAUUUUCUAAACUAUCUUUUGUUUUUAUGCAUAUCACUUCAUGUUUUCCCGAACAGUGUUUUGUUUGUUUGUUUCCAGAAAUUAUCCUACAGACUGUACAUUGAGGUAAAUUACAUAAAAAUGUAGAAUAAAGAUAGUUUUUCAUAA